AUGGAAGAGACAAAGAAGAAACAAUCAUCGACUUUAUUACUAGAAGAUUUACCGAACGAAAUCUUUCGUCAAAUUUUUUCUUAUGUUAACGGUGUUCAUGCUUUUCUUGCAUUUUCAUCCCUGAAUUACCGUUUCCAAUGUUUAAUACUCGAUUAUUGCACAACAUUUGACUUCAAAUCAAUUGAGAAAACUCAGUUCGAUUAUGUUUUCCGAUAUCACAACACACGGCAAUGGACAACACUACAACUUGUCAACGAUAAGAAUACACCGGGACAAAUCGAAUAUUUCAUCGAGAAGUAUUCUUCGUUCAAAGAUUUCACUCAUCUAAAAUCAUUAUCUCUGGUGAGGACGGACUACGCUUAUGAAUAUGCUAUAUCGAAGCUUGCACCCAUUCUUGAGAAUAUUGUAUCGUUGACGACCAACUCUUGGGAAAUUUCACAACUGGCUGCUUUGGACUUACCGAAAUUGAAACAUCUGAUUAUCAUUCAACACUAUGGCACGCUAUCAGGUCAUCUGCACAGUAUCUCUCAACUUGAGAGCUUGGAAGUUCGUAUGACUUAUCGAGACUAUUUCGUUGAUAAUAGCAUGUGGCCUACAAAGUUAAAAAAAUUGAAAGUCACUUCUAAGUUCAUAAACUCUCGAGAUCUAUCAAAUGCAAAUGACACACGAACAUCUUGA